AUGUUCACAGCUAGUAAUGCUGUUGUUGGGGCGCCUUCUGAUGUAUAUCAAUAUUCAGCGAAGCCGCAUAGUAAUUCCCACGCUGUCUCGUCAAAGCAACAAUUCACUCAUCGAAAAAUCGAUGCUAAGACAGACAAGCUUAAAACUAUUGCUUCACAACCUAGUAGAGCUGGAUCCGUUGGAUUAUCCAUAACACUAAAAGCCAUUUUGGGUACUCUUGUGCUUAUGGCGAUGGUCGCAGCGUGUGUAAUUCCAGUGCUCAUUAGUGUUCUUACCAGUUUCAGUACUACUACAACAACUACAACUACAACAACAACUACAACUAAAACUACAACUACAACAACAACUACAACUGCAACUACAACUACAACAACAACUACAACUACAACAACAACAGCCACAACUACAACAACAACGACCACUACUACAACAACAACAGCUACAACCACCACCACCACAACAUCAACAACGACGACAACGACGACGACCACCACCACGACUACACGAACAACUACAACGACUACGUCGACAACCACGACAACGACUACUUCGACAACCACAACAACGACAACAACAACGACAACGACAACCACAACGACGGUUCCGCCAUCUACACUGUGUACACCUGCUAGCACCAGUGGCGUUCUCUAUAGCAAUCAAUUUAUCUAUUCACCCACUAGCCUACGCUAUGCAGCUGGCAUGCUGAACAAUCAGUUUGGUGUAUAUGUUGCCUAUGGUUACAACAAUGUUACUUCCACAUCAAUAUGGACUGCCGGGCAAUCAUCAACACCAGCGGGUGCUUUUUUUGCUGCUCAAGGAGACAGAAACCUAGUUGUUUAUACAAGUAGCGGGGUACCGAUUUGGUCACCAAUGGUUAACAAUGGAGGUGUGGGUGCACCAUUUUGUCUAACAAUGGAAGCUAGUGGUAACCUUGUCUGGACAGAUAGUACAAGCACACUCAUUUGGCAAUCAAGUUCAUCCGGAUGA